AUGCAAAAUCUGUAACCGGUGCCACCCGCUAGAAGUUGAGCUAAAGCAAUCCAAAAUCAAGCCCUUCAUUUUGAAAGCUGAUAGCAGUAGUUCCCAAGCAAACCACAGGAAAUUUGUGUUUGAUUUGAAGAAGGGGAUAAAGGGGAAAAAAUGAUAGCGGCACAAGCGGUGUUGUACUCGUACCCAUACCUACACAGACAGUUAAAGAACUCCUGCUCCUCCUCCUCCCAUGGCCAUCAUCACCGGCAUCCGCUCUUCUUCAUUUCUAGGCGUCUUAAAAGGAGAAAUUCUAAUUCAUGGAAUAUCGCAUCUACCUCCCAAUCCCAAUUACCGACACCACCUUAUAACGAUGAGGGGCAGCAGAGGAAGGUUUCCGACUUAAACAUGCUGUUUCAUAGAUUCUGGAAGGUGGCUGCCCCAUAUUGGUUCUCUGAUGAUAAGGUCGAAGCUAGGCUCCAGCUGACCGCUGUAUUCGCUCUCACUCUGGCCACCACCGGCAUCAGCGUCGGCUUCAAUUUCCUUGGCCGGGACUUUUACAAUGCGCUAGCAAACAAAGAUGAGGAACAAUUCACCAAGCAACUUCUUUACUAUGUCUGUGGCUUUGCUGGUGGAAUUCCGUUUUUCGUUUUGAGAGAUUAUGCAAGAGAAACUCUUUCUUUAAGAUGGAGAUGUUGGAUGACAAGCUAUUUCAUGCAACGCUAUCUCACCCACCGGACCUUUUACAAAAUCCAAUCUCAGUCCAUUAUUGAUAACCCUGACCAGCGCAUAGUGGAUGAUCUUAGUUCCUUCACUUCCACUGCCCUUUCCUUCUCUUUGACUCUUUUCAAUGCUGCUGUCGACUUGAUUUCUUUCAGCAAUAUCUUAUACACUAUCUAUCCUCCCUUGUUUGUUGUUCUUCUUCUCUAUUCUAUUGGCGGAACAGCUAUUAGCAUCUUUCUUGGCAAGGGAUUAGUUACUCUUAAUUUCCUUCAAGAGAAGAAAGAAGCUGACUUCCGUUAUGGACUUGUUCGUGUCCGAGAAAAUGCUGAAUCCAUUGCUUUCUAUGGUGGUGAAGAUAGUGAACUGCAACUUUUGUUGCAGCGCUUCACAAGUGCUUUUGAAAAUUUAACUCAAUUGUUGAUUUCUUCCAGAAAUCUCGAGUUUUUCACCAAUGGCUACCGCUACCUCAUUCAGAUUCUCCCCGCUGCUGUAGUUGCUCCUAUGUAUUUCUCUGGAAAAAUUGAGUUUGGUGUCAUUAAUCAGUCUGUAUCAGCUUUUAAUCAUAUCCUUGGAGACAUCUCCCUCAUUGUAUAUCAGUUUCAAGCAAUUAGUGCCUUUUCAGCUGCCAUUGAUAGACUUGGUGAAUUUGAUGAUGUUCUGGAUAUCAGCAGAUCAAAAUGUCUCUCUGAUCCCAUGGAGCAUAUUAAUCUUACAUAUUCUUUCAAAAAAGGGUCACAAGUUUUGGAUUGUAAUGGAUCCAUACCAGUAAACACGUCUCUCAGAUUGCUGGAUGUAGAAAAUUUGAGUCUUAAGACGCCAAAAAAUAACUCUACUCUUGUUAGAGACUUAUCAUUUGCGAUUAAUGAAAAAGAUCAUUUGUUGGUAAUAGGACCUAGUGGUAGUGGCAAAACAUCUUUGCUUAGAGCACUGGCUGGCCUUUGGACUACCGGAAAAGGGAAAGUCACAUUUUAUGUGGAGAAUGGAGGUGAUGCUCAAUCACUCACUUCUUCAGAUAUGGCUCUUGUUGAUGUAAAUUCGGCAGAUAUGAAUGAGUUUGGAAGACCUAUAAAUGGUAAUUCUAGAAGUGUGUUUUUCCUUCCUCAAAGGCCAUAUAUGGUUUUGGGAACACUUCGUCAGCAAUUGCUUUAUCCAACAUGGGCUGGAGAGGCAGUUGUGUCAGAUGAUACCAAAUUUGGAGGUUCACUUUCUUUCUUGACACGACCACCAAACUUUGAAAAUGUGGGUGAAAACCGUGGUGUGCCUAUUCCUACAACAGAUGAUUUAAUGCAGGUUUUAGAAGAUGUCCGCCUUGGCUAUAUAUUGUCUCGUUUCAGAGGUCUGGAUUCAGUAUAUGAGUGGUCCAGUGUUCUUUCCCUUGGUGAGCAGCAGCGCCUUGCUUUUGCUCGCAUGUUGCUUUCUAAACCAAAGUUGGCCCUGUUGGAUGAAUCCACAAGUGCUUUGGAUGAAGUCAAUGAGAUGCCACUUCUUAAGAGUGACUGUAUGAACCAACUGAGCUAAACUCCAGGUUCAAAUGACUGUAUUUCCUUGUUUUUGUGAUAGAAGUUUGUUAAGAUGAAUGUCUCAUAUCCAAGGUGUCCUUGUCCAAUGCAUACGCUCAUAUCCAUUUAGUGGUGGGACCUAUGCACUUCUAGUGGUGUGGGACAAUUAACUCAAAACUCAAUUAUCAGAAGAUAUCAAUAAUUCAAUCAUCAAAAGCCUCCUAAAACUAUUACAGCUUAGGUAUUUAUAACUGAACCUAAACCUUUAUAAAAGAAAAAAUACUAAUUAUAACCCUAAAGCCCUAAUAUUAAGAAAAAAA